AUGGGACGCCUAAUACGUUUAGAGUUAGAAAACUUUAAAUCAUAUAAGGGACAUCAAACCAUUGGUCCCUUUCUUAAUUUCACCUCGGUAAUUGGACCAAAUGGAUCAGGCAAAUCGAACCUAAUGGAUGCAAUCUCCUUUGUAUUGGGUGUAAAGUCUGCACAACUACGCUCAUCACAGUUACGGGAUUUAAUAUACCGUGGUCGCGCUAUGCAUGAUGAGGAAGAUGAUGAAUUCGAUAUCGAAUCAACUGAAGGACGUGCCAAUAAUCCUAGGAGAGCGUGGGUUAUGGCCGUAUAUCAGGAUGAUGACGGAAACGAGAUCAAAUUCACUCGAAGCAUAACCACAUUCGGAACGAGUGAGUAUAAAAUAAAUAAUAAAGUGGUCACAUAUGCAAAAUAUAACGAUACCCUUGAAAAACAAAAUAUUUUGGUCAAGGCUAGAAAUUUUCUUGUUUUUCAGGGUGAUGUUGAAGCUAUUGCGUCACAGUCUCCUAAGGAUUUGACAAAAUUAAUUGAACAAAUUAGCGGUUCUUUGGAAUUGAAAGUUGAAUAUGAACAAUUGAAAAUCCAACAAGAAAGGGCCACUGAAAAUUCUACAUUCAAUUUUAAUAAGAAACGUGGAAUUAAUGCAGAAAUCAAACAGUACACGGAACAAAAGCAGGAAGCUGAACGUUUUGAAAGAUUAUUGGCCGAAAAAGCGAAAAUUGAAGUCAAUUUUCUUCUUUGGAAAUUGUAUCACAUUCAAAAAAAGAUCGAUUAUUACAAAAAGCAGAUUGAAAAACUUAAUGAUCAGGUCGAAGAAAAGCAACAAGAGCAGCAAGAUUUAAAUGAGGAAUUGAGAAGAGCACGCCAAGGAAAAAGUGAAUUUGAUAAACAACGAAACAAUUUAGAAAGAAAAAUAAGAGGAAAAGAGGCAGAGAUUGAAGACAAACGUCCAACCUUGUUGACUCUAGAAGAAAAGAUAUCACAUUUUAGCAAGAAAUUGAUUCAAUAUGAGCAAAAUGCAGAAAAGGUCCGAAAGGAACAUGAAAAACAGUUUAUAGCUGUCGAGAGAUUACACAAUGAACUUGAAAAUGUAAACAGGGCUGCGGCUAAAUUUGAAGAGGAAAUUAGUCAAGGAGGCAGUAAAAGAAAUACAUCUUUAAAUUCCAAUGAACUUGCGGAAUAUAAUAAAAAGAAAGAAGAAGUAAAUAAAAGGACUGUGACUCAAAAGCAAGAGCUUGAAAAUUUAUAUCGUAAAGAGAAAACUGAUAAUGAAUCUGCGCGACGAUUAAAAGAAAGGUUGGACGAAUUAAACCGGCGUCGUCAGCAGCUUAUAGAAGACAAAGAUGCAUUAUCAAGUCAUGAAGAAAAAGUUUCAGAUUAUGUAGCACAACUCUUGGCAGAUAUCGACACAAAAAAGAGAGAUCUUAAUGCACUUGUUGUUGAAAGAAGUAAAAUUAGUCGCGAAGAAAAUGAUUUAAAUCAUAAACUUCAAGAAAUCCUUAACCAACUAAUGGACGCCCGGGUGGAUCAGAGAGAAUUGGAGCACGACUUUGGCUUCCUUCGAUAG